AAGUGACGUAAAAUACCGCCUCCCCUGGCACCCCGUGGUCAUUUUUAAACUCCGGUUCAGACCCCCACUUUCCAUCAACCCGAUUCAAGACUGUCGAUGCACUGACUCGCUCACCCGUGUCCCCUGUCAAAGAGGGAUAGGUACCUACAUACAGAAAAUUUCUGCGACUCCAUGGUGGAACUCGAAGUGAUUGCUCCUUGACUCUCUGGUUCGCUUUUGGAUUGCGCUGUGUACACAGUAAAACAGAGAGCUACAGCUACCUACAUCAGCAUGAGAACAGAGAGGGGUUGAGAACGACGGUCAAGCAACAAGUACAUCGGCAUCGGAGAUUUUAAGCACUUCACCAUGGCCUCUUCUUCCGGCCAUCAACAGGAUGACGACGGCGACGCCGCGCCGACAUACACCAUUCCUCGCCGGCGACUCGGCGCUCUGGAGCACCCCAUGAUCAUCAAGAAUCUCGACAAGGGAAUCAAGACAUUUGGGCAGAACAAUGCAUUCCAAGCCAUCCUCGACUCCGCCAGCCCCCAGAUCUCAGUGCCCCUGUAUUUGCGCUACGACAACCCAACAGCAAGGCCGCUGACAUCACACAACGCGCUGACACACAACGUCGUCUUGAAAGUCACGGUUCCCAAGCGCACUGGGAGGAAGCGCAAGCGGGGCACCAAUGGCCCUUGGGAAGGGGAGGUCGACGGGCCUGCGAGUGGGCAACAAUCAGUGGCAUGCCCCGAGGUCCUCUCGCGCGACCGGCUCGACACCCCUCGCGUCGUCAGGCGCAAGCUCCAGGACAAUGUAGGGAAGUACACCAUUGAGCCGGUUGGUGUCAUCAACAACACACAUCGCUACCGCAGCUUUGCCGACUUCCAAUACGCACUAGGAGAGUCCAAGUUUAUGAAGAAAUUCGUCGAGAAUGUUCUUCUGGGCGAUGUUGCCAAACUCAAACGCUUCUCCCUGGAGCCCGGCAUCGAAUCGGGGACCAACGUCGACCUCAUCCCGCCGCCGUACUUCACGCCCAUCAGCCUGCCGUUCGGCUACAACUAUUCCCAAAACCCCCACACCAAGGAGGUCAGCCCUGGCCGGUCUGAUGCUUCCGGCACUGUCUCCGAAGACCAGGAAUACGAGCGCGUAGUCAACGUCACCUCGCGCAGCCCCGCCGCUGGCUACUUCAUUGCCCACGACGAGUACCCAGUCCCGUCAGGGCCCAGCCGUCAACCCGACAUGUCGGACCCGCAGGUGGCCGCCAUCAUCACCGAGAUGCGCCUCGCCAUGGAGGAGCGGCCCAUCUGGACGCGCCGCAGCAUGUGGAACCGGCUGAGCACCAAGUUCGCCGAGCUCCCCAAGAACGGCGGCCUGGUGCGCCACUGCCUGCAGUACGCCGGCUACCAGUUCAAGGGCGGGCCGUGGCGCGACGCGCUCGUCAAGUACGGCCUCGACCCCCGCACCGACCCCAAGUACCGCAUCUACCAGACCUUGAUCUUCAAGCUGCACAAGACCCGCAUAGGGUCGGUCGGGCGCUCGUGGCAGGCCAUGCGGCGCAAGGACACCGGCGUGGCGAACUUCGGCAAGGCCUGGAAGAACCCCGGCGGCGGUGAGGAAGAGGCCGUGCUGAACACACACGUCUUCAACGGCGAGUCGUUCAGCACCGACGGCAAGGUCUGGCAGGUGUGCGACAUCACGGACCCGCUGCUGGCCAGGCUGUUCGCCGAGGCCGAGGUGCGGCCCGAGUGCGACGUCGAGGUCAGCGGCUUCUACCACCGCGUGCUGUGGUCGGUGGCCAAGGCCAUCAUGAAGUGCAAGAUGGUGGCGAUCCGCUUCGGCCGCACGCUGAGCGACGACGACUUCGGCGCCGCGCUCGAGCUGGUCAGGGGCGCGCCGCACGACGGCGGCGACGGCCCCGCCCCCGGCGCCGGGAACAGCAUCGGCAUCAGCCUGCCGGACCUGCAGCUGACGGCGGCCGAGUACGACGAGCUGCGCGGCGGCAAGAGCCGGCCCCGGCCGGGCGUCAAGUCGCGGCAGGAUGCGGGCGACGGCACGGGGCGGCGCAGGCGCAGGCACUACCGCAUCCGCGUCCCGCUCAAGGAGGCCGAGGAGCGCGAGGCCGUCAAGAUGGUCAAGCUGCUUGCGCAGAAUGCGCAGGACAAGAGAAGCGCGGAGGCGGAAACCGCCGCGGGAGAAGCAGCGUUGCGCAGGGAUGUGGGGGGCACAGGGGAAAGGGUCACGUCUGCGACGGCAAGAGAGGAAGAAGGGGCAGUGGAGGAAGUGGAGGAGGAGGAAGAAGAAGAAGAAAAUGAGCGUGAGCGCAGGGAUGGCGGCGCGUUCCAAGAGAUUCUGGAGGAUAUGGAAGAGGAGGGUAGCGAGGACGAGGAGGAAGAGGAUGACGAGGGAGAGGAGGACGAGAUGGAGGCGGUCGAAGCGGACGCCGCACGACCCGGCAGGAGGAGGCCGUCGUUCCAAGACCGGGAGUCUGCAGACGAGGCGCUCCGGGAAGAGGAGGAGUAUGAGGAGGGCGGGUAUUCGGAUGAGUAUGACGAGGAGGACACGGAGGAUGAGGACGAAGACGAAGGUGAAGAAGGAUAUGGCCGUGGCGAUGACGAUGAAGAGGACUACGGCGAGGAGGAAGAGUACUAUGACGAGGAAGGCGAGGGGUUUCAGCAGAGCUGGGAGGACGAGGAUGGGUACGACGGGGGGCAGCGUAUCAAUAGGUAUUAUGGAUAGAUUUACGAGCGGUUUGUGGCAUUUCGAAAGGAAGCAACCUGUUAGCGGAGAACGGGGCAAAGUCUAGCGCCGUUGGCCAAGGAGCAUCAACGCCGUUGCGGGAGACCAAUAUAAGUUGGCAUUCCACAUUACGCUGUGUCGUCCAUCUAGCAUACAUUUGCACUCAUGAUCGUACCCGAGCUAAGCUUUCCCUCCCCGUUGUGUUUCGCGCCCAGCCCAAAAGACACAUCCAUUUGGUAUCAUACCAGCUUACCUAUCGCGCCCCGC